UUUCCUCGGCGGUGGCAGCUGUGGCGUCUCCGUUUACGUCGGGCAGCCGCGCGGCCCGGGUUUGUCGAAGAUGCCCCGUGAAGGAAUCCCUUACUCAAGUCAAACUCAAGAGCAAGAUGGUUUGCAAAGUAACUGUGUCAGUACCAGUGAAGAAGUGCCAGCUGAGCAGGAGAAUGGUGGGGAUGCAGAGGUGGAAGAGCAGCUCCCCUCUCCUUCCUUUGACCACGACCUGUCCACCUCUGCUGAGGGCUGUGCAUCAGGAACUGCAAGGAAAGGGCCAAGCGUGCUGCACAUUGACAGACAUCAGAUCCCAGCUGUGGAUCCUACUGUGCAGGCCUUGGAGCUGCAGGGCCUGGAUAUAGAUGUGUAUGACCAGGCUGUGCUAGAGCAGGGUGUGCUUCAGCAGGUGGACAAUGCGAUGCAUGAGGCCAGCCGCGGGGCACAGUGCGCUGACGCCGAGAAGGAGUAUCGAUCGGUUAUGGAUGACCUCACGUCAUGCACAUCAUCCUUAAGGCAAAUCAAUAAAAUUAUUGAACAACUUAGCCCUCAAGCAGCCACCAACAGAGACAUCAGCAGGAAACUAGAUUCUGUAAAACGACAGAAGUAUAAUAAGGAACAGCAGCUGAAGAAGAUCACUGCAAAACAGAAACGUCUCCAGGCCAUCCUUGCAGGAAUGAAGGUGCAAGUAGAGUUGGAACACACCAGCCUGGGGGAGGAGAAUGCAGAACCGGGGCCGUCCUGUCUUGGCAGUAUGCUCAUGCCUGCCCAGGAGACUGCCUGGGAAGAGCUCAUCCGCACUGGCCACAUGACACCAUUUGGGACCCAGGUCCCUCAGAAACAGGAGAAAAAGCCUAGAAAAAUAAUGCUCAACGAGGCAUCAGGCUUUGAAAAAUAUUUGGCAGAUCAAGCAAAACUGUCUUUUGAAAAGAAGAAGCAAGCUGCUAAUAAAAAAGCAGCCAGAAAAGCCUUGGUCACGUCUGAAUCUAAAGCAGAAGCAAAUGAAAACAAGCCAAACCAGAGAAGCAAAGUUCUUUCAAAAACAGAUCAGCGCUUGAAGAAGCACAUGAGGAGGCUGCAGAAGAGGGCGCUGCAGUUCCAGGGGAACAUGCGAUUGCCAAGGGGGAGAAAGCCCUCGGAGCUGGAGGUGAGACCAGAAGCAGAGGGAGACGCUGAAAGUGAGAUGUCAGCAUCCUCCCCCACAGAGAGGGAGGAAGAGUGCACAGAGGCCAGCCUGACUGGAGAUGGCAUUGACUGUGAACUGAAGCCUCUGCGCAAGGGCCUGAGACGUCAGAAGAAAGUUCUAGUGCAGGAAGAUGAUGACGACUUUUUCCCAAGUUCUGGGGAAGAGGCUGAAGCAGGAGAAGGAGGAGGAGGAGGUUGCAAAGUAGUGAGAUGCCGAGACGAUGGAGAUGAAGAUUUUUAUAAGCAGCGCUUAAGGAAGUGGAAUAAACUGAGACUGCAGGACAAAGAGAAAUGUCUGAAGCUUGAAGAUGAUUCUGAGGAAAGUGAUGCUGAAUUUGACGAAGGCUUUAAAGUGCCAGGUUUUCUGUUCAAAAAGCUCUUUAAGUACCAGCAGACAGGUGUUAGGUGGCUGUGGGAAUUGCACUGCCAGCAGGCAGGAGGAAUUCUGGGAGAUGAAAUGGGAUUGGGCAAGACCAUCCAGAUAAUUGCCUUCUUGGCAGGUCUGAGCUACAGCAAGAUCAGGACUCGUGGUUCAAAUUACAGGUUCGAGGGUUUGGGUCCCACCAUCAUUGUCUGUCCAACGACAGUGAUGCACCAGUGGGUGAAAGAAUUCCACACAUGGUGGCCUCCAUUCAGAGUGGCUAUUCUGCACGAAACUGGUUCCUGUGUCCACAAAAAGGAGAGGCUAGUUAGAGAGAUUGCUCAGUGUCAUGGAAUUUUGGUCACUUCGUACUCCUACAUUCGGCUGAUGCAAGAUGCCAUUGGCAGGUGUGACUGGCACUAUGUGGUCUUAGAUGAAGGACACAAAAUUCGAAACCCAAAUGCUGCUGUCACCCUUGCUUGCAAACAGUUCCGCACACCUCAUCGGAUCAUCUUGUCAGGCUCACCGAUGCAGAAUAACCUCCGAGAGCUGUGGUCACUCUUCGACUUUGUCUUCCCAGGAAAGUUGGGCACGUUGCCUGUGUUUAUGGAGCAGUUCUCUGUCCCCAUCACCAUGGGAGGGUAUUCCAAUGCCUCUCCAGUACAGGUUAAAACUGCAUACAAAUGUGCAUGUGUCUUACGAGACACCAUAAAUCCAUACCUACUGCGGAGAAUGAAAUCAGAUGUCAAGAUGAGCCUUUCUUUGCCAGAUAAAAAUGAACAGGUCUUAUUUUGCCGUCUUACUGAUGAGCAGCAUAAAGUCUACCAGAAUUUCAUUGAUUCCAAAGAAGUUUAUGGAAUUCUCAAUGGAGAGAUGCAGAUUUUCUCCGGACUCAUAGCCCUAAGAAAAAUCUGCAACCACCCUGAUCUUUUUUCUGGAGGUCCUAAGAAUCUCAGAGGCCUUCCAGGUGAUGAACUAGAAGAAAACCAGUUUGGAUACUGGAAACGUUCUGGGAAAAUGAUUGUUGUUGAGUCUUUGUUGAAAAUAUGGCACAAGCAGGGUCAGCGAGUGCUGUUGUUUUCUCAGUCGAGGCAGAUGCUACACAUCCUUGAAGUGUUCCUGAGAGCCCAGAAUUAUUCCUAUCUCAAAAUGGAUGGGAGCACUACUAUAGCUUCAAGACAACCUCUGAUUGAGAAAUACAAUAAGGAUGUGUCCAUCUUUGUGUUUCUUCUGACCACACGCGUGGGUGGCAUAGGAGUCAACCUGACAGGGGCCAACAGAGUCAUCAUCUACGACCCUGACUGGAACCCAAGCACUGACACACAGGCCCGGGAGCGAGCAUGGAGGAUAGGUCAGAAAAAACAGGUGACUGUGUACAGGCUCCUGACAGCUGGCACCAUUGAGGAGAAGAUCUACCACCGACAAAUCUUCAAGCAGUUUUUGACAAACAGAGUGCUAAAAGAUCCAAAACAAAGGCGGUUUUUCAAAUCCAACGAUCUUUAUGAGCUGUUUACCCUGACUAGUCCUGAUGCAUCCCAGAGCACUGAAACAAGUGCUAUUUUUGCAGGAACUGGGUCAGAUGUCCAGACACCCAAACGCCAUUUAAAAAGAAAGAUCCUACCAGCCUUUGACACAGACCGUGACAUUUCAAAAUGCAAGAAGUUACCUGAUUCUAACACAUCUGCAAAUGAUGCCACCUUGCCUAAAGAGAAAACUAAGGCAACAGGGGCUGAAGGAGAUGCAGUAACUUGUAAAGAAAGCGGUCCUUUGAAAGGUGAGCCUCACACGAGUAGCAACGUAAGUAGUAAUACUGCUGGGCUUGGAGGAGAGACAGAUGUAGAGUCUGGACUGGAGGGGCCACCAAUGACUGGUGUAAAUAGGAGCUCUUCGGAUUCUCCAAAGGUUGGCAAGACACCCCAGCCUUCUGAUGAGGUGAACAUUGAUGAGAAGGAAGGACCUUCCUGUAAAAAUGGAAGCUGCCUGGUUCAAACAAGACCACCUUGGGAGAAUGAACAAAUGAAAAGUCAUUUUUAUAAGCAUAAGUCAAAAACAAAACAUCAUGAUGUGGCAGAAGAAGAGACCCCAGAAAAACCUCUGCAGUCAAAGCAAAAGCCUAAAAACUCUAAGCAUUGCAGAGAUGCCAAGUUUGAGGGAACUCGAGUUCCACACCUGGUGAAGAGAAGGCGGUACCACAAGCAAGACACUGAACAGGAGAGCACAGCCAGGGAGCAGAGCAGUGAUGAUUAUGUUUUGGAAAAGCUUUUCAAAAAAUCAGUGGGCGUGCACAGCGUUGUGAAACAUGACGCCAUCAUGGAUGGAGCCAGCCCAGAUUAUGUGCUGGUGGAGGCAGAAGCCAACCGAGUGGCCCAGGAUGCCUUGAAAGCCCUGAGGCUCUCUCGUCAGCGGUGUCUGGGGGCAGUGUCUGGUGUUCCCACCUGGACUGGCCACAGGGGGAUUUCUGGUGCACCAGCAGGAAUAAAGAGUAGAUUUGGUCAGAAGAGGAACUCUAAGCUCUCUGUUCAUCGUCCUUCUUCAAUGUCUCCAGCAGAAAAAUGCCAGGAUGGCGUUGUGAAAAAAGAGGGAGAAGAUCACGCACCUGAGCACUUCAGUGGCAAAAUAGAAGCUGCAGAGUCUUCUUCCGGGGCCCCUACUUCCUCCUCACUCUUGGCCAGAAUGAGAGCAAGAAACCACCUGAUUCUGCCAGAGCGCUUGGAGAGUGACAGCGGGCACCUUCCAGAGGCUUCUGCCCUGCCGUCCUCUACCACAGAACACGAUGAUCUGCUGGUAGAAAUAAGGAACUUCAUUGCUUUUCAGGCCCAUGUAGAUGGCCAGGCCAGCACUCAAGAGAUACUUCAAGAGUUUGAAUUUAAGCUGUCCACAUCACAGUCUUGUGUCUUUCGAGAACUGUUGAGAAAUCUGUGCACUUUUCAUAGAACUUCUAGUGGUGAAGGGAUUUGGAAACUCAAGCCAGAAUACUGCUGAGUGAUAUGGCUCCCUAGACUUUGAAUUCUUUUUUCUAAUGGAAAUUUUUGAUCAUUAGUCCUGUGAUUAGUUAUCACAUGUUUGUCGAGGGAAGCUGGCUGCACUUGAUGUUUACUUUAAAUAGUACCUACCUCAAAACUAAAAUUUCAAGGAAGAAGGAUCUCUUUUCCACAAUUGGAACGUUUUAAUAAUGUUAACUAAAAAGAAAAUACUUGGAUGGAUAUUUUUUUCUUGGCACUGCAAAUUAUGCUAUAAAAUCAGGGACCUAACAGUUGCUUCUUGGAGCACCUUUGUUCCUUUACCCAAAAGAUGCUGUCAGGGAACACGUUACUGCGCAUUUAGAAGUGUGUAGAAGAGAAAUCUAAGUUCUUUUUAUUGGUGCUGGAAACAUGUCAUUUUUAGUCAGGCCUGUUCAAUAAAUUAUUUCAAUAUCUGAUAACAGCAGUAUUUUAAAGCAUAACUCUCAGAUGUUUCAGUUUAUCGUUUACUACACACACACACA